GACUGCGUCUCCAUCGUCGUCCGUUUGGCAGCAUCGCGGCCUCGUAUAGUCGCUGCCUGGCCCUCGACCCUCCAGCUGGUCUGACCCACUACGAAAACUUGUCAACACGCUUAGAACCUACCUAUAUCAAGGUUGUUGUUCUUCUUUACGGCCCCUCGCUCGUUGCAACGCCCAUCGCCUCAUUCUCCACCACACGAACCGGCCGCCUAUAUCAGACCGACCUCCUUUUCUCGCCAUGUUCGGCUUCAUAGCCGACAUCUUGACCUCCUUGUUCUCCAUCGCCCUCCCCAUCUUCUUCUCCUACAAAGCCCUGCGCACUUCCGACCCCGGCGUUCUCUCGCCAUGGCUCAUGUACUGGACGACGCUGAGCAUCUUUCUCCUCGUUGAGAACCAAUUCUACUUCAUCCUCUACUGGGUUCCAUUCUACAGCUGGCUCCGCUUGGGACUGCAUCUCUACCUUGUCGCCCCUGGUCAGCAGGGUUGCGUCUGGAUCUAUCAAACCUACAUCCACCCUUUCUUGGAAGAGCAUGAGCGACAAAUUGAUCGCAUGAUCAGCGAUGGACAUGAAAAGGCACGAUCGGCAGGUCUGGACGCAGUCAAGAGGGUCAUAGAAUAUAUCAGAGUGCAGUUUCUCGGACAAGAGCCCAAACGCCCAACACCGCCAGUCAGUCGCAAUGUCAGCUACACCACACAGCUCUUCAACCGUUUUGCUUUGCCAUCGGCACGAGCGGGUCCGUCAGGCUCGGGGACUUCAGAGCUUCUCGGCUUGCUAGGCAGCGCACUUCAACAAGCUUACGGAGACUCCACUUCUCAAGGCGGACAGGCUCGCGACCUCACUGCAUCUGGCAACCUCAUUCCAACACAUCUGGCAGGUGCCGAGCGUGAAGAUUAUGUUAGAGAGCAACGCGAGCGACUUAGCACUCUGCUUCGUGCAUUCGAUGCUGAAGCCGAUGGCAUGCCUGGAGCGUGGGCAUCGGGUUCGCGAACAGCAUCUGGAGCGCCCCGCACUCCUACCGGACGCAAGCCAUACCUCUCACCGGGAGAUGAUGCCAUGCACCGAUCUCGCUCAGAGUCUGAGUUCGAGGAAAUUGGCUACGAAGCCAUGCCAGACCCAGACCACUUCCGCGCGCGACCAGAAGGUGCGCCACACGAUCGGCCAGCCAAGGGUACGCCAGGCUGGAGCAAUUGGAUCUGGGGCAACUAUGGUGAGAAGGACAGCGUGCCUGCUCACGACAAACCAGAAUGAGCAUCUGGUGUUUUGCGGUUUGCAUUAGCUGGGCAGGAUUAGCGUCCUUGCCUCCAGAAUUCAUGACUUUACGAUGGGAAAAUGGGACUGGCGUUCACCAGAAGGUGCCCAAGACGCACGGAUGUAACAGAAUUGGGUUUGGAAUUUCGUGCUGCGAGAUGCGCACAGCUAGAGAGGCACUGCUUACGCUUGUGAUAUAGACAUACCAGAGCAUGCGGCUUGAUGCAAGAGCUGCUCCUCCACCACGAGGUUCAGUAAGCGUAUUUGCUCGUCCACGGCCAUUGAGCUUGUCUGCACAUUAUUGGCCCCGAUCGUUGUCCAAAUUCUUGUGUCCGCCCUUUGUUUUGCACAAUGACUUUGUUAGCGAUUCACUUUCUGGGAUACCAGCUUUCUUC